AUGAUGGAGCUGCUGACAGGAGAGGGAGGUCUGGUAGGAGAUGUGAUGGAGGAUCGGCAGUCCCUCUCGGCAUGGGAUCCUCCUGAAGAAGCCACACCUGAUGAGCGAUAUCCGUUCUGUAAAGAAGAGCCCUUGGAAGACCGGAACGCCCUCCACAAUGACUUCACUUCCCCCACAGACCUCUCUCAGCAUGUAUCUGUUGGGAUCAAAGAGGAACCCGACUCAUGUCAAGCUGAACUGGUAAUAAGUCCUAUUAUGGAGGGUCCGGAGGGGGAAAGUCUUCUACACACCGAGGUCUCGAUGUCUGGAGAUGUCUUGCACCUCCGUGUGGUCACUCACCAAACACCUACCCAGGUUAAGGAGGAACUCUUCGUUUCUGAUGAAGGACUUCUAGAAGAACCUGAUGUUCCCCCACAAUGUCCAUCGGCUCUUAUUCCUCAGGAGGCUUCGUUGGAAGGAGAAGUCACAGACGUGGUUUGCUUCAAGUGGGACGUUGUUGGUCCAAAAAAAAAGCCGCGGCAGAUCCUCCCGAAACCCGGUCACAAAGCAGUGAAAGGAAAGCGGUUUUCCUGCGCCGAGUGCGGAAAGUGUUUGCGGAGUAAUGCGGAUCUUAUUCGGCACAACCGGGUUCAUUCGGGGGAGAAACCUUUCCAAUGCUCGGAGUGCGGGAAGCUCUUCAGCAAACAAUCCAGCCUCGCCAUACACCACAGGAUCCACACGGGCCAGAAGCCGUAUUCGUGCGCCGUGUGCGGGAAGUGCUUCACCAGUAGGUCAGAGCUAACCAAACACGGCAGGUCCCACACGGGACUCAAGCCGUACACGUGCCCCGAGUGCGGGAAAUUCUUCACCUGCAGCUCCAACCUCUUCCGCCACAAGAAGAUCCACACGGGCGAGAAGCAGUUUGUCUGCUCCGAGUGCGGGAAGAGCUUCCUGACCCGCUCUCAGAUGGUCAUCCACCAGAGGGUCCACACCGGGGAGAAGCCGUACCCGUGCUCGGAAUGUGCCAAGUGCUUUGUCAGCAGCUCCGACCUGGCCAAGCACCAGAGGAGCCACACAGGACUGAAGCCGCACAUCUGCCCCGAGUGCGGCAAAAGUUACGUCAGCAGCUCCGUCCUCACCCGGCACCAGAAGAUUCACCGGGCGGAGAAACGCUUCUUCUGUGCCGAGUGCGGGAUGGGCUUUGUGAGGACGGGGAAGUUCUUGUCCCACAUCAAAACCCACGGCCGGCCUCGGACUUCCUCCAGGACUCCGAAAUUAAAUCUUGUCCCACGGCCGGCCUCGGACUUCCUCCAGGACUUCGAAAUUAAAUCUUGUCCCACGGCCGGCCUCGGACUUCCAGGACUCAAAAAUGAAAGCUUGUCCCACAUCAAAGCCCACGGCCGGCCUCUGACUUCCUCCAGGACUCAGAAAUGAAAGCUUGUCCCACAUCAAAGCCCGCGGCCGGCCUCGGACUUCCUCCAGGACUCCGAAAUUAAAUCUUGUCCCACGGCCGGCCUCGGACUUCCUCCAGGACUCCGAAAUUAAAUCUUGUCCCACGGCCGGCCUCGGACUUCCUCCAGGACUUUGAAAUUAAAUCUUGUCCCACGGCCGGCCUCGGACUUCCUCCAGGAC